ACACCGGUCGCAAGAAGCAACUCACCUGGACGAGACUACCCCAAGGCUACAAGAACAGUCCGACGAUAUUUGGGAAUCAGUUGGCAAAAGAAUUGGAAGAAUGGAAGAUGACUGAGUGAACAGGAGGAGGGAGAAUUGGCGUAUGAUUGUGUGGAGGUCAUCGAGCAGGUAUACGCUAGUCGGAUAGAUCUUAAAGACACACCGAUGGAAGAUCCAGACUGGGAACUGUUCACGGAUGGAUCAAGUUACGUGGAAAAUGGUACCAGGUAUGCAGGGUAUGCCGUGGUAACUGUUCAUACGAUUGUAGAGGCAAAAGCUUUACCUCCUGGUACCUCAGCCCAGAGGGCAGAAAUAAUUGGGCUUACACGAGCCCUAGUCCUCAGUACUGGAACAAAAGUAAAUAUUUGGACUGACUCUAAAUAUGCCUUCGGGGUAAUCCAUGUACAUGGGGCAUUGUGGAAGGAGAGAGGACUACUCAGUUCACAGGGAACAUCUAUCAAGUACAAAGAAGAAAUCUUAGCUUUGCUGGAAGCAGUACACAGACCGAAAAAGGUUGCGGUAAUGCAUGUGAGAGGACAUCGAAAGGAGGAAGGAAAAAUUUACCAAGGAAAUGAUUUGGCUGAUGUGACAGCUCAAAAGGUGGCUCGAGAGGUAUGGACUCAGAUGGCAUUAAUACCAGUCAAGGUAAGCCCAGUAAAUGCCUACCUAAACCAGGCACCUAAAUAUUCAAUAGACGAUGAGAAGUUGGCAAUGUUAUUGAAUGCACAAAAGAACAUGACUGGAUGGUAUGUAACAACAACAGGACAGGUCGUGGUACCAGCAAAAAUAAUGAAAGUCAUUUUGGAAACAGAACAUAACAAAUGCCAUUGGGGUGCAGAGAUGCUCGUAAAAUUCUUAAGGAGAGAAAUAGUUUCAAACCAGAUGUUAACACUUGCAAAACGGGUGAAUGCAAUGUGCCCAGUCUGUUUGAAAAAUAACCCAAUUGUCAGGAAACAAAUUCAACUAGGGAAACUGCAGGUAGGACCAGAACCGGGAGACUAUUGGCAAGUAGAUUUUUCUGAGUUACCAAAAGCACAAAAUUUCAAGUACAUGAUAGUGUAUGUCUGUACCUUUUCAGGAUGGCCAGAAGCUUACCCCUGUAGGACAAUCAGGCCAAGGAAGUGGUUAGGACACUGCUUAAAGAAAUCAUUCCCAGGUUCGGGGUACCUCUAG